UUCGUACUUUAUAGCCCCUCACGACUCCAUCCUUGCCUAUGACCGUUCCUUCGAUCCGUCCAAUUCUCCAUUUUGCACUUCUCUUCAGUGAAUCCUUUAUCAAGACAACUCGCCCGGUUUCCAACAAUGUUGCACCUCGAUUUGCGGUUCCUUUCUGUUUCUCAUCAAGUGCACGUAAAUAGUCGUUGAUCCAGCGUCUUCAUAGCUGCUCUCGACAACGCUUUAAAUACUUCAGUCGCCGCGUUACGUCUGCUUCUUCUUCCAACUCUUCGACGUUUUCCUCCAGACUUGUUACUGGUUCCCCUCCAAGCAGGAUGUUUGGAGUCACCGUACGCCCUUCGAGUCCUUCUCCCAGAUAUACAAGUGGUCUAUUGUUCAUAACACAUUCGAUGUCUAACAACGUAUCAUUGAGUUCCGCGAAAGUGAGCAUAGCCUUCCCAACGACCUUCGAUAAUGCUGAUUUCAUGAUACCAAUUAACCGUUCAAAGAACCCGCCCCGCCAGGGUGCACGUAAUAGAUUGAAUCUCCAUUUUACGGAUUGGAUCGCUACGUAAUUGUUGACUUCCUCAUCUCGUUGAAGUGUCUCUAACCAUUUCUUGGCGGACGCGAAUGUCUUCGCGUUGUCGCUCACCAUUAGUUUCGGAGAACCCCGGCUUGCGACAAACUCUCUCAACGACAUCUUGAACUCAUCCGUGCUAAGGUUUCUGCAUAGUCUGAGAUGCACCACACGUGUGCACGCACAAGUAACCAGAACGACAUAAGCCUUCGCGGUCGAGUUCUUUUGUUUCUUAUAGUACAUUGGCCAAGCAAAGUCAACGCCCGUUGUGGAAAAUGAAUUCUUUUUUUGGGUCCGAUGCUCUGGUAAUGCAGAUGUGGUAGGAGUAGGUUGGGGUUUGGCUCUUAUCUUCUUGCAUCUGUUGCAUUUAAACCGUAUUGAUUCGUCAUUCGCCGUAGUUGAGGGAUCCAAAACCGUUCCCGUACCUUGCACAUCGUUUCCUGCACUCCCCCGUGUAAGGUCUCUUUGUGGCCAUGUUCGAUUACCACCUCUGCAAGUGCGUGUUUUCGAGAUAUGAACACAGGAUGGUAGCUCGCGACGCGACCAUGACAUCUCCACAAUCCGACAUCGUAUUUCUUUAACGGGAAAGGGCAAUUUACUUCUUCGUCUUCCUGCGCGAUUUUCAGCCACCGAUUUUCCGCUGCUGUGAUCUCGUCCGUUGUCAGUGGUCCCUUUCGUUGCUCCUUUCGCCUGCAAUUUUUCACGAAUCUCAACAUGUAGGCCGUAACGCGAAGAAGCUUCCAGUACUUGUGUUUCCUAAGGAUGUUCUCGACCCAUUCUUUUCGUUCGUUCGUCGCUCCCCCUUCGUUCUCGAGAAGUACUUUCUCUUUCUUGGCUGGUAAGGUUUCACAUGACUCUUCCUUAGUUUCCGUAAUUACAGGUUGCUCUGGCCACAACGAUCUGUCUAUCAACCAUGCUGGACCUUUCAACCAAAAUUCUCCUAACUUCCGUGGUGCGACUCCACGAGUACCCAAAUCGAUGGGGUUUUGAUCUGUAGGUACCUAAUCCCAGGUGAAAUUCCCCAGAUCAUGGAUUGCUUUCACUCGAUUCCGCACGUACAUAGAAGAUGUUCCCAUAUUUGCCAACCAGUACAAGACUGUCAAACUGUCCGACCACGAUUGAUUUUCCUUCAGAAUAUCCAACGAACUGAGGGCGUGAUUCACAUGACUUAGCAGCUUGGCGAGCGUGUGGGCAGCAACAAGUUCUAGGCUUGGUAUAGAAACCUUCUUCGGGGCUACACGAGACUUUGAAACUAGUAGGUUAUGACAUGUCUUCCCAUCGUUGUAGGCGACUAGAACGUAGACUGCUGCACAUACUGCUAGUUGGCUUGCAUCGGCAAACCAUGUAUUGAAAUCUGUUGACUCUUGUUGUUUACCACGCUUCGAAGUACUUUGAUCUCGGUACAUUCACGACGUGUUUUAGCCCAUUGGUUCCAACGUCGCAUCAGGUACUUGUUCGUCCCAAGAAACUUUACGCAAACAAAGUUCACUGAACAAGAUCUUCCCAGUAAUCAUCAACGGCGAAGCCCACCCAAGCAGAUCGUAUACACCGUUUAUCGCUGCCAAUACGUUUAGUCAAUGGUGAAACUGUGAGUUGACAAGCUUCAAGGUUAACUCGAACAACGUCCGUUUUCUUUUCUCAAGGAACUCCGAGGAUCUUUGUCGUUGACUCACUGUAAGCUUUCGUGUUGGCAUCUUGAUCACCUUUCGCAGUCUCGUUUGAAAUGGACUCCAACUCCUCAACGUUUCUGUGCCACUUAUGUAGAGUGAAUCCACCUUUCUCCAUGAUCGUCGUGGCUUGUUUUUUAAACGUUUCAAGUUCACUGAUCGAAUCUCCUCCGCUUUGUACGUCGUCCACGUAGGUGUUCUAGUAAGGCUUUUGUUGACUCUGGAUAUUCGUCUUGAAACUGUUUCACGUGCUUUUGUAAGAUUGCCCCCAAGAUAUAAGGGCUUGGUGCAGCUCCAAAAAUCACUCUUGUAAACCGGUAUUCGACGAUUUUCUCUCUUCCACGUUGUUGUACCACAACAUUUUCUGUGCGUCAUGGUGUUCCUGGUUGACUCGUACUUGUAGAAAGGCUUUCUUUAAGUCACCCGUGAUGCAAGUAAUUCUCAGUCGAUUUCUGAAGAGGAUGUCGAACAACAGUGGCUGUAAGGACGGUCCUUUCUCGAGGCAAUCGUUCAGGGAUGGUAAUUGAGGAUCAGCUUUUGCAGAACAGUCAUACACGAUUCUGAAUUUGGUUGACUCCGCAUCUUCUCGAAUCAUCGGUUGAUGUGUAAUGUAGUGUACAACCCCCCCUGUUCGUUUUGGAGGCACUGAUUCAAGAAUCACUUCACGCAACUGUUCUUCCAUCACACUGUGGUAUUUUUUCCAGUUUUCCAAGUUUCUCUAGUCUCUUGUUGUACUCCUCAAUCGCGCUACAGCCAGUUCUCUAUUCACCGAUAGCGUUGGAUGGUCUGGUCUCCAUUGCAGAUUAGUUUGAUAAAACCCCUUCUCCGUCUGAUCCAAGUGUUCGAUAAAGUCCUUGUGAAAUUCUGUGGCUGUCUCCAACUUCUCCGCUAGUCCCAGCACGUCCACUGAACACAACUUCUCGAAUUUACUCUGGCUGUUUAGAAAGAGACCUUUCUCGGAAAACUCCAUCGGGACAAUCUUGCCGUACAGAGCCCAUCAAAGCAUCGUGAACUCUGCUCCAGGAUCUGUAUCCGGAUUCUCUCCAAGGAUGGGCUGCUCAGCUGACCUUAUCCGUUAAUAAUCUGCUGCUCCCAAGAUCAUGUGCACAGGUAUUUGUCUGUCAGUGGUCUCCUCAUCACACAGUUGUAGUUUUUGAAGGGGCAUGGAACUCUUCUUCAGAUCUUUCACCUUGGGAUUAG